GACUCACCUCCCUCCAUCCCAACCAAGAUGACUUUCUGCUACCAGACCCGCUGUGAGGAUUCCUGCUACUCCCCCUGCAACUACAGGAGGGUCUGCAGCUACAGGACCUACGACUGCAGCCCCUGCAGCUCCCAGAGCUACGACUGCAGCCCCUGCGACUACCGGGGCUACGGGAGCCUGUGCAGCCCCCGGGACUGCUACCCCUGCUACAGCUCCCGCCUCUGCUACCCCUACUCUUCCUGCUACACCCGCAGAUACACCUACGGCAGCUGCUACCCCUGCUAAACCCAGGAGGAUUUAAUGGGAAGCGAGGACUGAGAACUGGUUACCGGAUUCAUGGCUGCUCUUAGGGGAGGGUUUGCAGGAGCUCCGAGGCCAGGACUGUGACUGAAACGUGUCACGUCUUGGACAGCUCAGGGUUUCUGUACAACUCCUUCAAUGUUCUUCUAGAAUGUUUCUCCUCCUUUUUCUCUACUGACUUCUUAAACCUUACAUGGGCUUGGUGGUGUAAAGGAAGCCAGGUUUAACGUGGGUUAACAUGGGUAAACCAAUUCCCAACUCAUUUACAUCUCUUUCCCAGGUAAUGUUAAUGACACCUGGAGUGUGUCUGUACUGGCCUUCCUGUGGAUACAUCUCUGACUUAACUGCUUUUGUAGUUAUACCAAAGAAAUUGUAAAUAAUCUAAUCUGAUUUGUUUCAUUGGACUUAAACAAGUGGAAAACUUUGAAAAUGGAAAUUGAUAGUUAAAUGCUACAGCUGUAGCAGCAAAAAUGUUGCAAAUGAAACUGGGAGUCUUUGGGCACCUAUGAAUUAAUCUCUGUACAAGUUCUUUCUGUUUCUGCUUCCUGUGUUAUUUUAGAUUGUGAU